AUGGAAACGAUCAUUGAUGAGAAUUGUGGAGAAAAAUGUAUGAAAACAAGUGAAAGCAUAUGCGAUGUUUCAUCUGAAGUAAUCGGAGCAGUUUAUCCAUCUUCUUCCUCUUACUCUCCGUCAUCUCUUGCAUUACAUCGGUCAGACAAACAACAACGAUCGAUAUCGAUAUCCGAUCCUCGUGCAUCUCUUCAAGCAUUUCCUGACAGAACAUAUACAUCAAAGAAUUCUUAUUCAAGAAGAUCAACAACUAUUUCUGUUCCACCAACACUUCGUGAACAACAUUAUAAAAAUAAUAAGAUUAUUUUACAUGUUCCUUAUCAACAAAUUAACAAAAAACAAAGUCAUGAUGAAAUUAUUUUAAUUAAAAAAACAAAUUCAAAUACAAUUGAUGAAACAAAAGAAAAUGUUUUUUAUUCAAAUUCAGAUUCAGAUUCUCAAAAAUAUCAUGAACAAAAUUCAACAAAAAUCAAAUUAAGUUUACCAAUAAAUUCUUCGGGAAAAUAUUCUCGUUCAUAUUAUAAACGAGGUACAAUAACAAGUAGUGGAACAAGUGAAGGAGGAGGUUGUAUUAGUGGAGAAUUUAUUUUACCAACAAAUCCUCCAAUAACAGUUACAAUUGAACCACAAAAAUCGAAUUCAAAUCAUUUUGAAGAAUGUCAAUCAUUUCAUGAUGAUCAAAUUUGUUCACCUGAAAGUGCUAGUAUACGUGAACAACGAUCAAGUAUUGAUCCAUCGAUAAAAGGUGGAUCAACAGUUGUUAAUUAUUUUAUGGAUUUAUUAAAACCAAGUGAUAAUAAAUUAGCUAUGAAAUUAUUUGGAAGUCGAAAAGGUCUUCUUAAAGAACGUUUAAGACAACAAAGAGCUGGACAUUGUAUUAUUCAUCCAUGUUCAAAUUUUCGUUUUUAUUGGGAUUUAAUAAUGUUGGUAUUAUUAAUAACAAAUGUUAUUGUUCUUCCAGUAGCAAUUGCAUUUUUUAGUGAUGAAAUUAAUUCAGCACGUUGGAUUAUUUUAAAUGUUAUUUCUGAUGCAUUUUUUUUAUUUGAUAUUGUUGUUAAUUUUCGAACAGGUAUUUUAGCAAAUGAUUUUGUUGAUGAAAUAAUUCUUGAACCACGUUUAAUUGCAAAAAAUUAUAUCAAAACUUGGUUUAUCGUUGAUUUACUUAGUUCAUUACCAGUUGAUUAUUUAUUUUUAUUCUUCGAUUCAGGAGAUCAUUCCGGAGGAUAUACAAUAGCACGUACAGGUCGUGCUAUAAAAGUUUUACGACUUGUUAAAUUACUUUCAUUAUUACGAUUACUUCGAUUAUCACGUCUUGUCAGAUAUAUUCAUCAAUGGGAAGAGUUUUUAUCAAUAGCAAGUAUGGUUAUGCGUAUAUUAAAUUUAUUAGCAUUAAUUAUCUUAUUAGCACAUUGGAAUGGUUGUUUACAAUUUAUGAUUCCAAUGUUUCAAAAUUUUCCAACUGAUUGUUGGGUUGCACUUAAUGGUCUUCAAACUGCACCAUGGACAGAACAAUAUACAGUUGCAUUAUUUAAAGCUUUAUCACAUAUGUUAUGUAUUGGUUAUGGACGUUAUCCUCCUCAAAGUUAUGUUGAUAUGUGGUUAACUAUGCUUUCAAUGAUAACUGGAGCCAUGUGUUAUGCUAUAACAAUAGGUCAUGUAUCAGCACUUGUACAAAGUUUUGAUACAUCAAGACGUUUAUACAAUGAAAAAUUUAAACAAGUUGAAGAAUAUAUGGCAUGGAGAAAACUACCAAGAGAAAUGCGUAAUAAAAUAUCAGAUUAUUAUGAACAUCGUUAUCAAGGAAAAAUCUUUCAUGAAGAUACAAUUUUAACAGAACUUUCCGAAAGAUUAAGAUUGGAUGUUAUUAAUUAUAAUUGUCGUUCUCUUGUAUCAUCAGUUCCAUUUUUUACAAAUGCCGAUCCAAAUUUUGUAUCUGAUGUUGUUACUAAAUUACGAUUUGAAGUAUUUCAACCAGGUGAUCAAAUAAUUUAUGAAGGAACUAUUGGAGAUAAAAUGUAUUUUAUCCAAGAAGGUAUUGUUGAUAUUAUUAAAUCAGAUGGAACUGUUUUAACAACAUUAUCAGAUGGAUCCUAUUUUGGAGAAAUUUGUUUAUUAACACGAGCUAAACGUGUAGCUGGUGUUCGAUGUGUAACAUAUUGUAAUUUAUAUUCAUUAGAUGCAACACAAUUUGAAUCUGUAUUAGAAUCUUAUCCAUUAAUGAGACGUACAAUGGAAUCAGUUGCUGCUGAAAGAUUAAAUAAAUUAGGAAAAAAUCCUUCAAUAAUAUCAACACGACAUGAUUUAAAACGUGAUGCAGCUGUUUUAAAAGAUAUUAUUAAACGUGCAACACCACUUCCAUCAAGUAAUGAAUCAACAGAUUCCGAUAAUGAUGAUGAAAAUAAUCAUACAGAUUCAUCUUCAUCAUCAAAUCAAAAUCCUAAUCAACAUCAACAUAAUAAUAAACAAUAUGAUUUUAAAUCAUCAUUAAGACAUUUACAAGAACAUUUUAAUAAAUCAAAUGAUCAUUUUCAGAAUUUAAAUGAGAAAAAGAAAUCGAAAAGAAAAAGAAGAAAAUCUUCAACAUCAGAACAAAAAUUUAAAAAAUUAAGUCGAUUAUUUUUAGCAGCACCAUCACCAUCAACAUUAAGUCCAACAACAGGAGAUCAACAUUUAAAUCAACUUCGAAAAUCCCCAUCUACUCCUUGGUCACUUUUUAGAAAAAGUGGAUCACCAACACCUUCACUUACUAAUCAACCCCAUUCUUAG